GUAAAGUAAACCGCCAAACAUGAAUUCUUCAAUAUUCAACCAAAAAGUAGAAGCCUCACAAAAUCCCUCUCAGAAGAUGGAAAUAGCCUCCAGGAAUGUAGACAGAUCUUUAAUGCAAGACAACAAUGCUCCAAGGCUGAUAGAUCUCAUGCAUGUAAGUCCCCAGAGUGGAUCAACUGUCUCAGGACUCACGGAUCAUGAUUAUCCUACUCUAGCUGCCAUUCCAUCAGCGAUGAACAGUAUGACUCAAAUCAAGUGUGUCAGUAAUAUUCCUUUGCCUACUGAAAUUGUGGACCACUUUACCCAUGUCCAAUGCCAUUGUAUGAUGGGCCUAUUUUCAGAAAUAGGUAGGGCUUGGCUCACAGUAGACAGUGAUAUUUAUGUGUGGACUUAUGAAGAAAACACUGAUUUGGCAUAUUUUGAUGGAAUCAAUGAGACAAUUUUAUGUGUUGGCUUAGUGAAACCCAAGCCAGGCGUUUUUCAUGCAUUCAUCAAGCAUUUGCUCAUUUUGGCCACUUCUGUUGACAUAGUAGUUCUAGGUGUUACUUUUACUGAUAAACCAGGUGAAAAUUCAGAUGAGAUUCAGUUGAUACCUGAUCCUGUUUUUACUAUUCCCACUGAUGGAUCUACUAUAUCUGUUGUGACUGGGGCUGAAGAUGGAAGAAUAUUUUUUGGCACAAAAGAGGGAUCUUUAUUUGAAAUUUGUUACCAGGCUGAAAGUGGUUGGUUUGGUAAAAGAUGUAAAAAAGUAAAUCUAUCAACUAGCACCCUCUCAUUCCUAGUGCCAUCAUUUCUGAAUGCUGCUCUGAAUGAAGAUGAUGGAAUCACCCAAAUCACCAUUGAUGAUAGCAGACACAUUCUGUACACAUUAACAGAAAAAGGGACUAUAGAAGUUUGUGAUUUGGGAGAAAAAGGAAAUUCCUUUUCUAGAAUAGCAAAGAUGAGUCAAAACACAUUGGUGAACCAAGCAAUGAACACUGUCAAAACACUGGACAGCCAGAAUUUUAGGCCAAUAGUGAGCAUAUCAGCAUUGGAGUCUAGUGAAUCUGUGAAUCUCAACCUAGUAGCAGUUUCACAAACUGGAGUACGCUUUUACCUUUCUGUAGUCAGUCUUACCAACUUUCAGCCAAACCAGAGACCCUACACUCUGACCCUGGUACAUGUGAGAUUACCCCCAGGAUAUUCUGCAAAUAUUGUAGUGAGACCUAGGGCAGUCCAUGUCUCACAUUACAGAGACAGAAAUUUGGUGUUGAUUUCUACUGUGAAUGAAAAAGAUGUGCUGUGGUGUAUGAGUUCAGAUUUGUUUCCAUUCAGCCAGACCCUGAUGGAGGCCUACACUUAUGUCAACUUGGAUGGACCUGCUCUGGCAAUAGCUGAGAUACGCCAAGACACGUCUCUGUAUGCGAGUGCCGGGCAAGAAUUGCCUCCCGCUUUAGUGCGCCAACACGCCGAGCUGCCCAAAAAGUACGUGGUGCUCACCUCGCAUGGCGUACAGAUUUUCGUGAAAUUGCGUCCGGUCGAUUUGCUCAGGCAGAUUCUCAAGGACAGCCACGGUCAGGACACGGAGGCCCUCAAGGCUUUUUUCGCCGUGCAGAAGGAGGAACAGGCUUGUGCCACCAGCCUCAUUCUGGCAUCGUCUGGAUCAGAGGAGGAAGAAGUUUCGGAGCGGGCAACCAGGGUGUUUUUCCUGUUCGGAGGGGAGCCCAGAGUAGCGCCUAUUGCACCAGCAAAUAUUUUCGGUAGCACCACCAUGUUUUCCCCCAACAUCAUCUCUACGCCGAUGCCGCCCCAAUACCAGUCCCCUCAGCAGCAGCAUCAGUUGUCGCAGACUUUCGGCUCUCCGGCGACCGCCGUCGGGACGCCCAACGCCGCCUUCGACCCGCCCUGUCCGUUCCUCUUCUCUGCCAAGCACAACGGCCUCUACCUCUAUCUGGGCAGGAUCCUGCGGCCGGUGUGGUAUCGGCGGUGCUUGGACGCCGUCUGUCUGGACGGGAAGACCGUCACUCAUCACAGCACCCUGACCAGCGACGAGUGCGUCCAAGUGUUGACCACCCUGACUGCCCUGCACAAUUUCCUGUCGCGCAACACGCAAUUGUCUGCCGUGGGCGUGGCCGGACCUGUACUUACGCACAACUCCUCCCUCCACAACAACUCCAUGAAUGUAUCCAGGACCGCACAACAGACCGUGCAGGACGCCCAGCUGGAAGAGCGCCAAUCGCUCAACGCCCUCAAGGUGUUUGUGUGCCACUGUUGCCAGAUUUUAGGCCUCUGGCGUAUCCUGUGCGAGCACCAGUUCCAUUCUCUCAUCGCGGUCCUGCCCGAGAACGAGCAGAAAAUCCUCCAGAACACCAUUUUCAAGGAUCUCUUUUUGUACAGGCAAGACAUUUGCUCGCUGCUCAUCACGACCCUCGUCGAAAGUUACCUCGGCGAUAACGCGUCGGUGGAUUCCAUCAGCAAUAAACUGAGAGAAGUUUGCCCCCAUCUGUAUAAGACUGAAGAUGCCGCUUUCUCCAAGGCAAAUGAAAUUCUGAAGGUCACCCGUUCGAUUCAGAACAUUGACGAAAAAGAGGAAAUGCUCCAUUCCGCCUUGCAAAUUUGCAAAUCUAUUUCGCCGAAUAUAAAUAUAUCUGAUGUUUGUAGAGAAUUUACAGCCUUGAAAGCGUACAGGGCAGUUAUCGAAUUGUGCUCUCACUAUGGAAAGCAAAUCGAUCCCGAUCGGAUAGCGGAAAGCUAUUAUAAUGCCGAAGACAAUACAGGGGAUCAGGAGGGUUUCAAUUUUUACCAAAGGAGGAUCGAAGUUUAUAAACAAAUUCUGAACAUGCUAGAAUGCCUAUAUAAUGAAGAACAAACCCAAAGCCCAAUAACAAAUAUCAAUGGCGAUCGCACCCUUUCUAUCAACCAAUCGUUUGUGUUGGAUGGUUUCGAUCAUUCCCAAAUCGGAUCGGUGAUGAGGAAGGUGAUAGGCGAAAUUCUGGAAACGCCCGACGAAAUUAUGCAUGUGGCUCUGUACGAAUGGCUGGUUUCUAGAAAUAUGACUGGUGACCUCAUCAAAAUCCACAAUUCCUCUCUGGAGACAUACUUGAAGCGCACUUCUGUGCAGAACCCGGACAAUGUUGCCGUCAUGGACCUUAUGUGGAAAUACUACGAGAGCAACAAUAACCAUGCGGCCGCCGCCAAAAUAUUGAAUAAUCUAGCCUCCAAAACAGGCAAUUCUGUGAUGUUGAGGGACAGAUUGUCUUACUUGGCCAGAGCCAUAAUGUGCAUGAGAAGCGACAAAGUCGGCUAUGCUCCCUAUCUGGGCGUCUUCCUCAGAGAUCUCGAGGACAAAAUGGAGGUGGCCAAAGUGCAGGAACAAAUCUUGGAGGCGGUGACGAAUUUGCAAGGGCAAAUACAGAAUGCCCAGGAGGCCAUCACCGCCCUCAAUUCCGGAUUAUAUGAAAUUUCACAACUCUAUGAAAACUUUGCUGAACCUUUCAAACUGCUGGAAUGCCAAUUGGCUAUAAUCGAAUGUGCCGGAUAUACGGAUCAGAUUCUGAUCGAGUCUAUCUGGCAGCAAAUUUUGAUGGAUGAGCUGAGGAAAACGUCUGGAUCUGGAACGGACAAGAUCAGCCAAUUGCUCACCAAAGUCAAGUUGUUGGCUAAGCAGUAUUCCCAAUCGACAAAUUGUUUUCCUUUGAAUUACAUCAUUUACGAGCUGGAAAUAGUGAAUGCCAGGUUGAAAGGUGACAAACCUCUGGUUCCCACGGCACUGGUUUCCAUGAAUUUGCCAUUCGAAACGCUAAUAAACGUCUAUAACAAUUUGAAUACUAUUUCUCUCAACGAUCAUCUUUGGCAAAUAGAAGACAACGAAUUUCAUCUUACCGAGGCCACAGCUGCUUUAAUCGACUGUUUUUUGGAUAGCCAGAAUAAUUUCAACAGUAUAGAAAAGAGAAAAAUCACCUCCCUAUGCCAAGACACAGUUGUAGCCUUAUUAUCAAACUUGUACAGUAAACCAAAUUCUGACCUUCUGGUCAAUAGGUUAAGAAAUAUACAAGCUAAACUUUCAAGGAUUUAAAUUGUUGAAUUUUUUACUACUCUUACUAUUCAAUUAUACUUUUAUUUUAUGCAUAAAAUCAAGUAUAUU